AUGAGGAACCACAAGCUACUAGUUCCUACCACCACCACCACUUCAUCCUCCUCUUCAAAGAACAAUGCCAACAGCAGCAAACAAGAAGAGCCACACCUCUCAGGGGCUUACAUUAGGAGCCUUGUCAAGCAACUUAGCUCCUCCUCAUCUACUGCAAGAUCCAAAGACCACACCACCAUCACCAUGGGCGCCAGUGCCAAACCACAGCCAGAAGACCCCCUAGCAGCAACAACACCACCACCACCACAGCCACAGCCACAGCCACAGCCACACAAGAAGCAGGUCAGGAGGAGGCUGCACACCAGCAGGCCUUACCAGGAGAGGCUACUCAACAUGGCAGAGGCCAGGAGAGAGAUUGUCACAGCUCUCAAGAUCCAUAGGGCCUCCAUGAGACAAGCCAAGGAGCAGCAGCAGCAGCAGCACGUCGUCAUCGCCGACGACAUCGACGGCGGCGGCAAGGUUAGUACCAGCUAUUUUGAAGCUCCAUUGCUCCGCCAGCCGUCGCCUACGUCGUCCUACUCCGUCUACUCCUCUCCAUCGGUCACGACGACGGCGGCCGGCGGCCAGGACAUGUCGUCGUCGGCCCUCACCGCGGAGAACGCCUCGCUGGCGGCCGAGGCCGCCGACCCGUCGCUGCACCGGGUGCUGGACGACGAGGAGAUGGCGGCCCUCUGCUCCAUCGGGGAGCAGCACGACAUCGAGUGGAGCGACACCGUGAACCUCGUCACGUCGGCGUGGUGGAGCAAGCUCCUCGACAGCGUGGGCGGCAGCGACGGCGCCGGUGCAGCACCCGAAGGUCAGGCGACGGCGACGGCGGAGGACGAGCUGACGGUGACAUGCACGCCGGAUUGGCUCAGCGACAGCCUUGGCCAUCAGAUCACCAAAGAAAGAAGCUCUGACGUGCUGGGGAUGCAUUUCAGCGAUCAGUGCUACGGCUACCACAGUGGGAGCUAUGGCGAAGACGUUUCCUUGCCGAGAAUGGAUCUAGGAGAAAUCGAAGGAUGGGACGCGGAAUGGUUCUCAUGA